CAUGUGAUCAGGCGUGUUGCUGAAGAUGAUGGCGUGCUGUGGAGGCUGUUUGUGUUGUCAGUGCUGCUGCAAUGAAGGCGAAACCAGAACACCAGAGGAGCUGACAAUACUGGGUGAAACCAGAGAAGAUGAGGAUGAAAUAUUGCCGAGAAAAGACUAUGAGAGUUUGGAUUAUGACCGAUGCAUUAAUGAGCCACUCCUGGAGGUGUUGGAGGGGUUGGAUAAAAAGAAAGCUAGAAGGUAUGAAGCGAUAAAGUGGAUUUUGGUUUUUGCGAUCGGAGUGUCAACAGGACUGACUGGCCUGUUUGUUGAUUUCUUCGUGCGGCUCUUCACUCAGCUGAAGUUCAGCUUGGUUGGACAAUCUGUGGAGGAAUGCAGUGAGAAUGGCUGUCUAGCUCUCUCCUUACUGGAGCUGCUGGCUCUCAAUAUGGUGUUCGUAUUCAUCUCCAGCGUUUUGGUGCUCAUUGAGCCUGUUGCAGCUGGGUCUGGUAUCUCAGAAAUUAAAAGUUACCUGAACGGAGUAAAGAUUCCCGGGAUUGUGCGGCUGCGAACCUUCAUAUGUAAGGUCACAGGAGUCCUGUUCGCUGUUGCAGGAGGAUUGUUUGUGGGUAAAGAGGGACCAAUGAUUCACAGUGGAGCGAUAGUAGGAGCAGGACUUCCUCAGUUUCAGAGCAUCACCUUCAAGAAGAUUCGCUUUCACUUUCCCUAUUUCCGCAGUGACAGGGACAAGAGGGAUUUCGUGUCAGCGGGUGCAGCGGCUGGAGUUGCGGCUGCCUUUGGGGCACCUAUAGGGGGCACCCUCUUCAGUCUGGAGGAGGGGUCGUCCUUCUGGAACCAGGCCCUCACAUGGAAAGUGUUGUUCUGCUCCAUGUCUGCCACUUUUACACUCAACUUCUUUCGUUCUGGGAUCAACUUCAAUAAAUGGGGAUCAUUCCAGCUGCCUGGCCUGCUCAACUUUGGGGAGUUUAAGUGUGUAGACGGAGAUAAGAUGUGUCAUUUGUGGACGGCAGUAGAUUUGGCGUUUUUUGUGUUGAUGGGGGUGGCAGGAGGUUUGCUCGGCGCUCUCUUCAACUGCAUCAACAAACGCCUCGCAAAGUACCGCAUGAGAAACGUUCACCCCAAAGCAAGAUUCAUCAGGCUGCUGGAGAGUCUGCUGGUGUGUAUGGUGACCACACUCGUGAUCUUCGUGGCGUCAGUGACUCUGGGGGAGUGUCGAGAUUUAGUCUCCACCAAUAACAACACAUCAACACAGGGGUCUGUAAAUGAGGAGGUGAACUCAACCAUACGACGCUUCUUCUGCUACAACAACACAUAUAAUGACAUGGCAACCCUGUUCUUCAACCCUCAAGAGGUGGCAAUCCACCAGCUCUUCCACCAGAACGCUACCUUCAGUCCCGUCACGCUCUUGCUGUUCUUUGUGCUGUAUUUUUUUAUGAGCUGUUGGACAUACGGUGUGUCCGUCCCCAGUGGUCUGUUUGUCCCGUCUCUUCUCUGUGGAGCUUCACUUGGGCGCCUAGUGGCCAAUGUCCUCAAGAUUAACUUCCACAUGCAAAUAUAUUCGGGGACCUUUGCCUUGAUUGGAGCAGCUGCCUUUCUAGGAGGUGUGGUCAGAAUGACCAUCAGCCUGACAGUCAUCUUAAUUGAAUCCACCAAUGAGAUCACAUACGGACUUCCCAUUAUGAUAACACUGAUGGUGGCCAAGUGGACAGGAGAUUUCUUUAAUAAGGGAAUAUAUGAUAUUCAUAUUCACCUGAAGGGAGUCCCACUGCUGGAGUGGGAAACAGAGGUCGAGAUGGACAAACACGUGCCGUACCCAAACCUGUACCCGGACCAGUCUCCCAGUGAGGAGUGGACCCUGGAGGAGAGGUUCCGGCCGCUCACCUUUCACGGGCUCAUCCUGCGCUCGCAGCUUGUCAACCUGCUGAUCUGUGGCGUCUGCUACGCUGAAAACCAGUCGAGCGCCUCACAGCCACGGCUCUCUCAUUCAGAGAUGACCGAGGAUUACCCACGAUUCCCUGACAUCCACGAUCUCGACCUGGCCCUUCUCAAUCCACGCAUGAUUGUGGACGUGACUCCUUACAUGAACCCCUGUCCAUAUACAGUCUCUCCAAAUACAUGUCUGUCCCAAGUAUUCAAUCUGUUCAGGACCAUGGGCCUUCGACACUUACCUGUGGUCAAUGCGGUGGGAGAGAUCGUGGGAAUAAUCACCAGACAUAAUCUUACCCAUGAGUUUUUAGUUGCUAAACUCCGACAGCAUUACAUCACAAUCUAAGACACCGUCUGUGCUCAAGCAGCCAAGCUUGAGUAAUGGCGUCCUCAAGGUGAGAAGAGCCUGAACCCCUGCUUCAGGUCGCACCCUAAAGCCAUUCCUAGUAUCUGUGUGGACUGCUAGAGUUCGAUACCUGACCCGUCCUGACACACACACGCCUCAUGCUAGCACUGAUGCAGGUGAGGUCCCGUUCAUCAGCGCCGCCUGUGCUUUAUCAACCUCACUGUAGCACUUUUCAUUUAGUCUCUGAGUUCUGAAUGUUUUAAUAGUGUUCACCAUUUCUGUGUAUUUCUGAACGUUUGCUUUUGUACAAAGACUGAUGUAAACCACUGACCACAGUCCCUGGCCGAAAGGGUAAAUGUCAUGAAAACUGUCAAGAGCAUGCCUGGGCCAU